UCUCCGACUGUCGCGUUGAUGACUAACGUCACUGUCUACUUUGCGCAUUGUUGAGGAAGAUAGCUUGGGUAUGGUAGCUACCGUGGUAUGUUUGGGUCAAAAAGUAUUUCGUGGUAGCCAGCAGACCGCCACGAUGAUGUCAGCCUUCUGGAGACCGACAUGUGAGUGUAAAACAAGGACUGGGAAGCUCGCUGUUAGACGAACGUGUCCCAUUGCUGUGCUAGUUGUGGAUGUGUGUGCGCGCGCAGGCAAUCAACGCGCUUCAUGUAGCUAACGUCAGGCUGUUUGACAGUCACGCCGAGCAGCAAAUGCACCAUCUAAAUGCUCCCGGCCGACGUUAUGAUGGUUGCGUGGCUUCCCACGACGAGUCUGUCUGAGCGCAACUAUGUGAGAGAUUAUAUCGAUAAACUGUGUGGUCUCAAAAGGCUGCUCUCAGUUCACCUCCGUCAACCGGCUCAUGACGCUGACGGAUUGUUGUGAGUUCGUGACGUGCAAGAGGUGCCAUGGUAAAAAAAAAAAAAAACGCCACAGCGGUGAUCUUGAGCAAAUGUAUCGCUCUACCUGUUGCAAAUGAAACACGUUAAACAGCCUAUAUAAUACUAUUAUGUAUUUUUAUUGUUAGGCCUAUUGCUAUCUAUAGAUUUGCGUUUGGUAUCUUGUGUGACUGUUUGCACUCAGGCCAUCUGUCCAUCACAGAGUAAACUAGAACGGGCACUCGGUAGAGCGCAUACCUUCGUAUAUCACAUGAUUGGGCAUUGAAUUAUGAACAUUUUGGCAUUAGUUGCAUACCAAUUGGACAAAAAUGUAUCGUGCUAUGGUAAAAAAAAAGAUUUUGACCUUUCCAUGACCUUGACCUUUGACCCGAUUGAUCCCAAAAUCUAAUCAAAUGGUCCCCGGAUAAUAACCAAUCAUCCCACCAAAUUGCAUGCGAUUCGGUUCAAUACUUUUUGAGUUUUGCGAAUAACACGCAUACAAAUAAAUAAAUACACGGCGAUCAAAACAUAACCUUCCGGCAUUUUCAAUGCGAAGGUAAUAAUGAGCACUGCCACGGUGAUUAUACCGCACUGGUGUGAUUCUCUUGCAGUUGAGUUCUUCAUCUGCCUGUAUUGCAGGUUUGGCUCAUGUAGACCUGGCUGUUGUACCAAAUGAGGAGGGGGCUGAGUGAUUGACACCAUACACAUUCACAAAGCAUCAGAUUGAGCUAUGCUUAUUGAUGGAUUUCAUAUUCCUGUGACAUUUGCCGUGGAUGCAUGCGUGACUGGGCUUGAGUGAAGUGCUGUGUAGCGGGCAACCGAUUUAUCCUUCAAAUUUGGAUUAAAAUUGAUUUAGCUUGGAUCCAUUUAUACUCUAGUUAUUUUUUUUUAUCCGGGAACCUAUAAGGAAUGAAUUAUGCAUACUGCAUCUUGUGCAUCUCAAUUCAGCCUCGUUGCAGUGAAAUAGACAUCAAAGUGCUCGGAGCCCACUUAAAACCCAGAAGAAACUGUUCACGUGAAGAUAAAUUAGCAAUAUAGCUGUCAGCCAUGUUCCUUUUUUUUGUCGGACUUCCUGUUGCCUAACAUGCUUUCAAGUCAAUCUGAAGUAUUUUGAAAGGGAGUCUUAAUGUGGUGUGAGUCGUGUUUUAUUUCGGGGGACAGUUUGGUGCAUAUUCUCCUCAGCCAGCACAGGCAGGAUGCCGGUGGGCACUUUGAUGUGCAAAUGUUCAAGCCGGUGCAUCGGAGUGCACGUCAAAAAGCUGCCAGGUCAGGCGCGAACAUGGAGUCUAUGCUGAACAAGCUAAAAAGCACCGUCACCAAGGUGACGGCGGAUGUCACCAGCGCUGUCAUGGGAAACCCCGUGACACGGGAGUUUGAGGUCGGACGACAUAUUGCCAGCGGGGGUCCUGGCUUGUGCUGGAGGAUCUACAAUGGCACCAAGAAGUCAACGAAACAGGAAGUAGCGGUGUUUGUGUUUGAUAAGAAGACGAUAGAUAAGUAUCAGAAAUUCGAGAAGGACCAAAUCGUUGAUUCGCUGAAAAAAGGAGUGCAACAACUGACCAGACUGCGUCACCCGCGUCUCCUGACGGUGCAGCAUCCUCUUGAAGAGUCUCGGGACUGCGUGGCGUUCUGUACGGAGCCGGUCUUUGCCAGUCUGGCCAACGUUCUGGGCCAGUGGGACAACCUGCCCAGCCCCGUGCCCACCGACAUCAAGGAGUACAAACUCUACGACGUGGAGACCAAGUAUGGCUUGCUACAGAUCUCGGAGGGUUUGACCUUUCUCCACGGCGGGGUGAAAAUGGUCCACGGCAACUUGUCUCCAGAAAACAUCAUCCUCAACAAGAGCGGAUCCUGGAAGAUCAUGGGCUUUGACUUCAGCAUCUCCACCACCAACCCCUCCGAUAUUGAGCCGAAGUACACGUGUAAAGAGUGGGAGCCCAACCUCCCGCCGCUGUGCCUCCCCAACCCCGAGUACCUGGCCCCGGAGUACAUCCUGUCCGUCAGCUGUGACUCCGCCUCCGACAUGUACUCACUGGGCGUGGUCAUGCACGCCGUCUUCAACGAGGGCAAGCCUGUUUUCCAAGUCAACAAGCAUGACAUAUUCAAGAGCUUCAGCAGGCAGCUGGACCAGCUGAGCAGCAUAAGUCCAGCAGUGUUGAACAAAAUCCCCGAGGAGGUCAGGGAGCACGUCAAAAUGCUGCUCAGCAUCACACCCAACGUCCGACCGGACGCAGACCAGAUGACCAAGAUUCCAUUCUUUGACGACGUGGGCGCUGUAACCCUGCAGUACUUUGACUCCCUCUUCCAGAGGGACAACCUUCAGAAGUCCCAGUUCUACAAAAGCCUCCCCAAAAUCCUGCCAAAACUACCCAAGAGAGUGGUGGUGUACCGCAUCUUGCCGGCUCUGAUCUCCGAGUUCGUCAACCCGGACAUGGUGCCCUUCGUGCUGCCCAACGUGCUGCUGAUCGCGGAGGAGUGCACCAAGGAGGAGUACGUCCGCCUCAUCAUGCCGGACCUCACGCCCAUCUUCAAGCAGCAGGAGCCCAUUCAGGCUAGUAACAUGAUCCUGCUGAUAUUCCUGCAGAAGAUGGACCUCCUGUUGACCAAGACGCCCUCGGAGGACAUUAAGAACAACGUGCUUCCGAUGGUCUACAGAGCUCUGGAAGCCCCUUCUGUACAGAUCCAGGAGCUGUGCCUGAACAUCAUCCCGACGUUUGCCAACCUGAUUGACUACCCGUCCAUAAAGAACUCCCUCAUCCCUCGAGUCAAGUCCGCCUGCCUGCAGACCUCUUCGCUUGCUGUCCGCGUCAACUCUCUGGUGUGCCUGGGGAAGAUUCUGGAAUAUCUGGACAAGUGGUUUGUCCUCGAAGAUAUCCUGCCCUUCCUGCAACAGAUCCCCUCCAGAGAACCGGCGGUGCUCAUGGGCAUUCUGGGAAUCUAUAAGUGCACCUUCAGCCACAAGAAGUUGGGCAUCCCCAAAGACCACCUGGCCACCAAGACCCUGCCCCACCUCGUCUCUCUUAGUAUCGACAACAACCUCAACCUGAACCAGUUUAACUCCUUCAUGGCGGUGAUCCGGGACAUGCUGAGUCGCAUGGAGGCUGAACACAAGACCAAGUUGGAGCAGCUGCACGCCAUGCAGGAGCAGCAGAGGAGUAUAAACAUCUCAAACCCAGGGGGCCCGUCAGAGAAGACCCCGAGCCCCCCCAGCAGUAGAAACCAGAUUGAUGAUAUGUUCGGCAGCUCGGGGGUUAACGGGAAGGAGAAUGGAUCUGCAGCCCCACAGCCGAAUAGAAUGUCCCUGACUCUGGAGGAGAAGCAGCGAUUGGCUAAGGAGCAGGAGCAGGCAGCCAAGCUGAGGAACCAGCAGCCGUUGGCGCCGCAGAGUAUCAGACCGGCCAGCGCCGCCAACACAAAGACGAAGGAUCUGACGAGCAGCCUGCUCAACAGCAUGACGUCUCUGACCAGCCUGUCCCUGGGCAACGCGGCGCUCGCCGCCCCCAUGCAGGGCGCCGCCGUCUCCACCUUCCCCUCCUCCGGCGCCAUGAUGGGCGCCGACCCGGUCUCCAACGGCUUCAACCCGCCCAUGGGCUUCCAGGCCGGCGGCAUGGGGAUGGGCAUGCGGCCCACGGGCCCGGGCCUCUAUGGCGGGAUGGCCACCGCCACCAGCACCCCCAACUUCGGAGCCCUCGCCCAGAGCCAAGGACCCGUCGGGCACGCCAAUAAAGCCCCCCCCGACCUGUCGGCGCUGGACAGUCUUUUCACCCCCAACCAGACCAAAGUCACCCUCAGCCAAAUGGGUCCGAAGGCUCCACCGGGCGGCGGCGGCCCGUGGCUCAGUCAGUACGGCGCCGGCCCGAACGCUCAGACUCCGAUGCAGGGCGCGCCGCCGGGGGGGAUGGGAGGAGCGCCCAGCGGCUUCGGGAUGCAGGCCAACCCUUUUUUCAGCCCGCAGAACUUUUCUCAAGCCGCCGCCGCCGCCCCCAACCACAGUGGAGUUAAACAGAGUACGUCCGUCAACAAUGAUCUCAAAGACUUGUUCGGCUAAAUAAGAAGAAAAAAUUGACAACAGAAUAUAUGAAAGGUGCCAGGUUGGGUUUGUUUUAAUGACGUUGGGCAGAAGAGCCGCGGCGCUGGUUGAAUGUUCCCAUCCUUCCCGAGGGCGUCGCCGUCUCUAUUUUUUAAUACGACCUGGUAUCACUUCUGACUCUCACUCUCCGCUGGCGUGUUGACCGGCACCUGAAUUCCAUUUCUACUUGACCAGACGGGAUGAAAAGGUGGAGGCGGGAACUUCUUCCUCUCCGCUGUGUCCUUUCCAUGCUGAAAGGAUUAUCCUACCGUUUUGUACGUGACGUUCUUUGGGAAUGUCCAAAUGUCGUCGGGUGGAGAUGAAUCCCGACUCGCGAGAUAUUCAGGAAGGUUUGGUGUUCGUAUCAUGAGCGAGUUUCACUUCCUGGACCAGUUGCAUCAGAAUCACUCACCAACCCCCCCCCCCCCGAAAAAUAGGCAGAACAAAGAAGGGUCGCUCCCGCUGGACGCUCCGACGGGA